UCAAUCAAGAUGAAUUGCGCGUCAGCCCGCGGCGGGAUUGCUUCCUUCUUCUCCGGGGCUGCGCGUGCCCAAAGCCCGGCGGGCACCUAGAUGGGGCUUCGGAAGAUCCCAAGAGCUCAGCUCCGUGGCCGGCGCUCCCGCCGGCUUCCCCUCUCCCCAAAGCCGGCGGCGGAGGAGGUGAAGCAGCAGCCAUGAGUAACUUGGACGACUGCGCCAGCCACGGGGCCCCCGACGUCUACCUCCCCGCGGCCUACUACCUCUCCCCCGCGGAGUUCUCCGGCAAGCCCCCGUUCUUGUCCCAGCCGCCUCCUUCCUGUCAGAUGGCUUUGCCUUACGCCUCCGCCUUGCCCGGCCAGGUGCAAGCGGUGGGCGAAGCGCCCGCCGCCUUCCGCGAUUACGUUGGAGGAGGUGGGAGCGGCAAAUGGGCUUACCGGAGCGCCUACAGCCCGGGUUACUACGAGGAGGUCUUGCACAGCCGGGACUUCCUGCAACCGCCGGCCGGCAGGAGCGACGCCCUCCUCAAAAGCGAUCAGCUUUGCGGCACCCACCCCGCGCCUUUCUGUAGCGCCGUAGGCAGGAAUGGCGUUCUCCCGCGGGGCUUCGAUCAGUUUUACGAGGCGGCCCGCGGCGGCGCCCCUUGCCCGACCGAGGCGGAGCGGGAGAGCAACGGGGACCUCAAGCCUCCGUCACCGCCGAGGACCGCCGGCGGCCCAAGCACCCACCUUCCCGGGCCGAAGAAGAAAGCGGGGAACGAAGGCGACGCGGAUUCCUCCUCGGGGGAGGCCCGCACUCUGAAAAGCCACCGCUCAGCGCUUCCCCAGAGAUCCCGGAAAAAGAGGUGUCCUUAUUCCAAGUACCAGAUUAGAGUCCUGGAACGGGAGUUUUUCUUCAGCGUGUACAUCAACAAAGAGAAAAGACUCCAGUUGUCCAGAAUGUUGAAUCUCACAGAUCGCCAGGUCAAAAUUUGGUUCCAAAAUCGAAGGAUGAAAGAAAAGAAACUCAACCGAGACCGCAUGCAAUAUUUCACAGGAAACCCCUUAUUUUGAGAGGAGAAGCGGGAGAGGAGAGUGGGGGAGGAAGGACAGAUCUCCCUUUAUUAUCCAACCAGACAUCUGAGCGCAAAACCCCCAGAGGUUAACAUGCCCUCCACCCUGAGGACAUAAGAAGCUUUUUUAAAAAAAUUCUUAUUUUGGUCUAUAGUACUAUUUCUGUGUCUCUUGGUGCUCUCUUGGGAUUGAUAGAGCAGAACCCGCCUAAAAGCCACUGGGGUGAAUCCAGCACUCCAUCUUAAUGCUGUAGCGUUGUCUUUAUUCUUUUUUUUAAAUCACCCACAACAUUCAUUUAUUUUAUUUUCUCACUGGCUUUUCAUGGCUGUAACCAGGGACCUUGUGUGAAUCUGACAGUUUUAAAACCAGAGGCUUUAAGCAUCCUUGGUUACUUGUUUUCCUCCUCUUCUGGGCUUCCAGAUAGGAAUACAUUUCUCCCCUUGCACCACAUAUAAUUGUAAAGGGGAUCAUGUGCAUUGGAUCCAUAACUUCAUGCUGGUUUAGAGAGGGUUGGGAAGUCUGUUGUCAUAUCAAGGCGUUGGAAUGCUGUCUUGUUUUUGUGUCUUAGUGGCUUGCUAGUAAAGCUGAAGAGGUACCUUCCACUUGGAUUAUCUGCUUUAAAUUGUCCAUUUCUGAAGAAGCACCACUGUGUCCUUUCUGAGCCCACAUGAAACUUGAACCGUAGUGCCUGUGGUAGCGAUGCCUUCAGAAGGCCCCAUUAUCUUAUAUUUUUUUAAUGGGGCAAAUCCAGAAAGGGGAAUGUUUUCAGAACUGAGGGACGAAUAGCCAAACAUGUGCAAAAUCCACUAUUCUCACUGAACGUUGCAAGUAUUUUAUCCUACGACCCUAAAUGGGCUCAUAAAAAUACCCCGAUUAGACUUCAGCUCUAAAGCCAUAAGAUGAAAUUUCGCUAUGUCGCGCAACAACCUUUGGAGAAACUCAGCUGUGCUCUCAAAUGCAUUUUGCUCUUAGAAACUUCCAGCUCCAAAACUUGAACUUAUUCAUGGGCAGGGGAGAGGAACUACAUUAAAGAGAGCGGUUUUUAAAAGGCAUUUCUUCCAUAUUAUUGACGCGCACACACGGAGACAAACUAAUAAAAGAAUUGAGAAAAAAAUCUCUGCUUUGCUACUAAAUUGCUAACACUUAUUUCCCCCCCCCCAAAGGAAUUUGAUAGAGGUUCUUCUCUCCAUUUUGUUGUGGUGGCCUGUUUAAGCUGUUUACAAAACCUUGAACUGUCUAGACAACACCAUAAAAACCCGGGGGUUUGUAACAACUUAAUUAGGCUAUAUUGUACACCUUGUGCUGGGUGGGAAAAAGAAAGAGAUUUCCACAAGUGCAAUAAAAGCAGCAAGUGAGAAACCAGUUUGACUUUUUUUAAAAAGAAAGAAAAAAGGAAAGGGAAAAGGGAAAAAGAAAAGGCAAAGAAACAGUUUGCAUUUUCUUUGUGUUCAUUAAAGGCCAGAUUGGAGGAAUAAAAUACCAGGAAGUGCACAAAGUAUGCCUUAAACUAAGAGAAAGGAAGAAGACUGGGAGAAUAAUUUUAAUGUUUUAAUUUAAACCAAAAAAAUUAAGUAUAUGCCUUUGAACUUCCAAGAUGUCAAGGUCAUCACCUUUAACCUUUCUGAAUAAUUAGAAGCCUCAAAGCUUUGCCUCUUAUAUUCAACUACCACCCACCCCUUCUGGGCUUCCCACCCAUUCCUCACUUCCUGUUUUCCCCUUUCCUUUUUUCCUGUCUCAAGCUGGCAAAUACAUUAUUCACUCCUAGGUGCAUAACAGAAAAGGACUGCCUACCAAUUCAAAUCAGUGGACUCAUCAAUCCACUGUAUCCCUCAAUACAGCCCUUCUCUGUAUUUAUCUAGAAUGAAACGUGCAGAAUAUUUCACCAGUGCGUGUAUUAUUAAAAGCCUUUUCAAUUGCCCUUUAAAUAACAAUUUUCUUUUUAAAAUGUUGUUAUAAGAGGUUUUUCUAUGUAAAUUAUUAACUGCAAAAGCAUUAUUGCUCUCAGUCUAGGUAAAUCAUGCCUUAUGAAAAAAAUGUUUAAAAGAAAGCAACAAGCAAAUUGAUUCGAUCCCCUUAAAAUAAAUGAGAAGGAAUUUUGGAUUCCUGUGAAACAUUGAUUACUUUAAAAAAAAUGAUACUUUGAAAUGCAGAUACUGGUCUAUGUUUCACAGGAAAUGUAAGUAAUCUGAACUGUUGCCUUAAGAUACUUGAGGGGAAAUUACCUUUACAUGAUGAAAAAUAUAUAUCAGUGUCUAUCCAUUUUUACAAAGAGGAGUUGUAUUUGCAUUCCUUAAUCAAUAAAUACUGUAAGAAUUUAAAAGAAUAAUUCUAAAUAUACUGUACAGAUAUAUAUACUUAUCCUUAUAUUCUUAUUUAACAAAAGAAUGAGAACAAAAUUGUCAAAUGAAAAAAACAAGAAAACAGGGAUUAAAAACAGAAUGCUCCAUAUGCUAUACACAUAUAUUCCACGCGAGGGCGCACUUAUAUUCCAGAAUAUAUAUAUUUGUCCUGAUAUUCUGGUAUUUCCCCACAAUAAUAAUGCCACUAAUAAAAUGCAUAAGCAACUAGAAGUGAGAAAACACAGCAGAAUCAAAAAUUAUUACAGAGAUAACUCACAAAUAUAAUACAAACAAACUGAUUAAAAUGUAUUUUGUGUCAUUAACACAUCAAAUACAAACACAGAACUAUAUC